GAAAAGUGGUGCACAGACUAGUGAACACGAGGGAGAGGAGCAAACUUUCUAUAUUUGCAGUUUUUGCACUUUGAAGGCAAAUGCAACACUUGUUCUCAGUCAGUUAUGUGAGGACAAGUCAGUCUGGAUGAAUGUCAGAGACAGUAACGGGACAUUUUGUUCGUUCAGUUGUGCCCUCUUUCUCUGAGCCUUUUUUCAUCUGAAGAGGAGCACAGGGAUUUUUGUCCAAGGCAGAGUAGUCUGGAGCGACGACUUUAUGGUGAAGAUGAGUCUGGACCCGGUUCAGGUCAAGGAGCUCAAAGAAUCCUCCUCAUCUAACGGCGACACCAGAGGAUCGUGGGGAGGGAAAGAGGUGUUUGACCAAGACCAGUUGGACCUCACAGCCAAACCGAAGCAGGUGACAGGGAGACGAGCCCGGAAGGUGGAAGGAGGCGUGUUUUUUCCAAAGCCAGAGAAUGCUGUGACGAUUGCCGUUUCUUCCCGGGUCUUGUUUCGAACCGAGCGAGAGCAAAAGGUGUUUGAGCAGAAAGGCGUGGAGGAAUAUCUGAGGUACCAAAUCGAGCAUGAGAACGAACCCUUUGCACCUGGACCUGCUUUCUCCUUUGUCAAGGCUCUGGAGACGGUCAACGCACGUCUGCGGGAGCUGUACCCACAAAGUGAAGAACUGUUCGACAUCGUUUUGGUUACGUACAACCAUGCACACGUUGGAAUCCGUCUUAUUAACACCAUAAACCAUCACAAUCUUUUCAUUGAGAGGUUUUGUAUGACGGGCGGAAGCAGUCCCAUCGGGUACCUGAAGGCCUGGCACACUAACCUUUACCUGUCUGCUGACGCUGAAAAGGUCAGGGAAGCUCUGACUGAAGGCAUCGCAGCAGCCACCAUGUUCAUGCCAGAGAAGAUGACAGAGGUGUCAGAAUCUCAGCUGAGAGUGGCGUUUGAUGGUGAUGCUGUCCUCUUCUCUGAUGAGUCGGAGCGCAUAUUCAAGGCCCACGGGCUGGACAAAUUCUUUGAACAUGAGAAAGAAAACGAGGAUACGCUACUUGAUCAUGGUCCUCUGAAAGGCUUCCUGGAGGCAUUGGGCAAGCUGCAGAAAAAGUUUUAUGCUAAAGGCCAACGCCUGAACUGUCCCAUUCGCACCUACUUGGUCACGGCUCGAAGUGCAGCGAGCUCUGGGAUUCGGGCGCUGAAGACACUCCGGGCAUGGGGAUUGGAGAUUGAUGAAGCAUUGUUCCUCGCUGGUGCACCCAAGGGCCCCAUGCUGGAGAAGAUCAGACCACACAUCUACUUUGACGAUCAGAUGUUUCACGUGGAGGGUGCAGCAGAGAUGGGUACCAUUGCUGCCCAUGUUCCUUACGGCAUCGCACAGAAUUAUACCACCAAACUGAAAACAAGUAUGGAGAAGUAAACUGCAUGGCAUUGACUGUCAGUGACAAUGGAAGAUAGAUUGGAAAUUAUAUCUGUGGACAAGAGAAUGAUUCGAUAAUUGUAGAAAGCAUCACCUUGUUGAACCAUUGAAAAUGCGUAAGAGGUCUGGAGCCUAAGAAGGCAUGAACACCAAUGUGUCAGCUAUACCACAUGCCAUUAUAGUUGGAUGUUUGGCAAGGUGUUUCAAGUCUUUCGAACCCUAAAUAAUCAUGUUGGAAGGAUGGCUGUUUGAGAUUUCAAUCUCAGCCGGCGGCAGGGUUGUCAGUUUUUCUCCUUUCAAAAAAUUAAAAGAAGGAAUUUGUCACUAGCCCUUUUUAGAACACACACCAUGUUGGCAGAUCAGCGUAAUACUGCCACACAGUGUGUCUAACGAAUGCGCCAUGGUGGCAUGACGAUGCAGGGAUUUUGCGGCAUACGUGCUCCCACUCUUGGUAGUUUUAUUGCUGCAACGCUGGACUCGCAUAUUACACC